AUGGCAGAGGUCGACAUGGAUGCAGAGGAAUGCUUUGUCGAACGAACGGUGUCAGCAUACGACAAUCCAGGAAUCCCAUAUGAAGUGGCAUCGACAGUCCCCGAUAAACGACGAUCAAAAUGGAGAGAGAUUAUCAUUGGCUUCAGCCCAUCGUGGUUUACAGCCUGCAUGGGGACAGGAAUCGUGGCGGUCCUCUUUUAUUUCAUCCCGUUUAAAGCGAGAUGGCUUUUUUAUUUAUCUAUAAUUCUCUUUAUUCUCGAUGCAAUUCUCUUUUGCAUCAUAUCUUCUAUCACCAUUUUGCGCUAUACCCUUGAGCCAACGCUUUGGCGGGCUACUUUGACAGAUCCUGCGACUGCCCCGUUCUUGGGUACCAUACCUAUUGCUUUUGUUAUAUUGAUCGAACUCUGGGUGUUCAUAUGUGUGCCCCUUUGGGGUGAAUGGGCGAGUAUCCUUGCUUGGGUAUGCUGGAUACUCGAUGCCAUUGUCGCAGUGAUUAUCACAACUUCGUUAUCAUUCUUGCUGAUGUCAAAGUCUCACUUGGACUCAUUGAAAAUGGUCACGGCUGUUCAGCUACUUCCCAUAGCAUCUACCGUCAUCGCUUCUGGCGUUGGGGCCGAGGUGGCAGGAGUACUUUCAUCACAUGGAAGAGCCCAGGCUACACUUAUAGCAAGCUUUGUGCUCUGGGGAAUGGCAAUGCCACUGUCCGGUAUAAUUCUUAUCAUUUACUACCAGAGACUGGCUGUUCAUAAACUGCCAUCCCGCGAAGUCAUUGUCAGCUGUUUUCUGCCACUCAGCCCGCUGGGCUUUGGCUCCUACAGCAUCAUGUAUCUGGGUAAAGUAUCCAGGUCUUUACUGGCUGAUUCCGAACCAGCGAUGGCUGUUGCUGGUGAAGGUGUCUACAUGUUCUGUAUGCUGCUCGGGUUGAUUAUUUGGAGCUUCGGCCUGACGUGGUUUGUUUUCGCACUUGCCUCUAUCUACCAUAGCUGGCCUUUUCCGUUCAACAUGGGAUGGUGGGGAUUCACUUUUCCCUUGGGAGUUUUUGCUGCAAGCACGAUUGAGCUUGGGCUUGGGAUGUCUUCGUUGUUUUUCCGUGUUCUGGGAACGGUAUUCUCCGCUAUUGUCAUAGUCCUAUGGAUUAUUGUGUCGCUGGGGACUUUGAGAGGACUUUGGAAACGUUCAUUACUUGUUGCUCCUGUUAUUCCCGUUAUUCCGCCCGAGGAGUCUACUCCGUCAGAAGGAUUUUUUUCUGACUCUUACUGA